AUGGACGAAUUUGGGGAAAAAGACUAUCGCCCAGCCUUACUGUGUAAGAGGUUAGGGAACCUGAAAACCGAGGUGGAUGCUCCACCUCGAGAAAGUGUCAUUUCAACAGAAAUACUUGAUGAAUGCAAGCGCACGAUAUUCGGGAAGUUAUAUUCGGGAGGAGAUAUAAAUUACCAGGGCUUUAUCUCUACUAUGACGCGGGCUUGGAAGGUUGAUUCCCUGAAUUUUGCGCAACGAGAAUCGGAUAUCUUAUCCUUCACAUUUGAAUCUGAAAGGGAUAAAAAUAGAAUAUUAGCCAAUAGCCCAUGGUCUUUUUCGAGUAAUUUACUGAUAUUAAAACCGUGGGAGCCAAACAAACUAGCACAAUGCUACAAGUUCACAAGCUGUGAAUUUUGGGUUCAAGUGCAUGGUCUCCCAAUUGAAUGGUGUAGUGAAGAGAUAGUGUCUCUUGUUGCCCAACAACUAGGAGGGGUUAAGGAAGUAAAAGUGGAGAAAAGAGGAGUGGCUUUUCAUAAGGUGGGUAAAGCUAGAGUUGAUCUGGAGCUGGAAAAACCUUUAAAACCAGGCACCUUAUUUAAUCUGGGAGAGGAGAAGGUCUGGUUAGACUUUAAGUACGAGAGGCUACCUAGAUUCUAUUAUUCAUGUGGACGGGUUGGGCACUUUACAACCAACUGUAAAGAAAUCCCGUAUGAUGUAGCCAAAAUUGAAGAUAGAAAGAACAACAUGUUAGGCAAUUGGCUAAAAGCUGAGGUAAAAGGAAACAGCCCCUUUUGGGAGUUAUUUUAUGAUGAAAAAGUGGCUGACCAAGAGGUGGAACCACAGGAUGACAGUGUCAUCUCUUCUCAUGAUACUCAAAUUGUUAUCUUUACAGGAGAGCAAACUGAAGCAAACAACUCAGAACUAUCACAAUCUCAAAGCAGGGCACAAAUGGAUGUAAUUUUACUUGACAUCCAAUUGGAACAGCAAAAAGAGAAAGGAAAAGGCAUUGUGUAUGCUGCUGAACCAAAGACUUUGCAGGAUACUCCUAUAAGUCUUUCUGAAGAUACCAGGGGUAGGGCUUUGGUGGCUAGCCCAAAUAAGCCACCGGUUCACAAAUGA